AUGUAAUCAGGCCACAGUGGAUGUUAAUAAAUCACUAGUCAAUCUUAGGCCUGACCUUCGACUCGCUUUGAGUCGGUCAGAGCCGAGACCAACUCCCAGCAGAAACAGCGUGAGUCUUAAUCAUGAUGGAGACGGAGCAGACAGCUGCGGGUUGUCCUGCCCCGGGCCAAGCUGCUGUCAGGACCUGGGUUUACUCCAGCACGAAAGGACCACCCAGUGAGGCCAUUUCCCGUUUCCAUGGAGAUGGAGUUCGAUAUAAAGCCAAACUGAUCGGCGUUGACCCGGUACCCAAUGCUGAGGGAGAGAAGAUGUGCUGGGACUCCAUGAUGAAACUAAAGGGCAUGGCAGAAGCAGCGAGAAAACACGGCAAACACAAGCCAAGAGUUUGGUUGAAAGUUCUAUCAAGCGGCAUUAAGAUUUUGGAUGAAAGGACCGGGGGUGUACUUUUUGACCACGACAGGACCAGGAUCAGCUCUUUGACCAAAGAUGAGUCUGACCCCAGAGCUCUGGCCUACGUCUACCAAGACCAGGAGGCCCACAUCCUCUUCUACAUCAAGAUGGCUAACCUGGCGGAUCCAGUCCUGACUGACAUCAGGGAGGUUUGUCAGGGUGUGGUUCAAAUGAUACCGCAAGAAUCUGCAGAGCCACCGACACAGACUAACACCUUGCUGGUUCUAAAGGACACUUCAGCCCCGCCAGCUCAGGCACCAGCUUUGGAGGAUGUGUUCAGUCCACGCCCAGACUCUUCAGCAACACAACCAAACCAGGCAUCCUCAAGUAGUGAGCUGAUGGAAGUUUUCUCUGUCCAGAUGCAGGAGCCACUGGUUGCUCCUCAAAGCCCAAGUAUCAGUCAGCCAGAGCCUCCUAAGCCAACACUCUCCACCUCUCAGAUCCUCUCCAUGUUCCCCGCACAGCCAGCAGGAGGCUCUCCAUAUGCAUCUCCCCCUUAUUCUCCCAGCACCAUGCCCUGGGCCCAGCAGGGGCCUGUUGGGAAUCAGUGGGCUGGACCAGCUAUGGCACCCUGGCCCACAAUGCCUGGUGGCAUGGCAGUAGCAUGGGCACCAGCAGCACCCCCCGCUGGGGGUCAAAUGCAGGUUCAGGGCCCUCAGCUCGGAGUCAUGGGAAGAGGAAACACACCAGGUUCACCCAGCGCUGUAAACGGGAAUCCAGCUGCUUUUAACUCCUUCUUUACCCCUCCUGGUGCAACAGGACCACCACAGCCAACAUCUCCCAACUUAGACUCUGAAAAAAAUUUGUUUGAAUGGUAAAAGUUGCUUGAUAUCUUUUGAUUUGACUAAUCAGUUUAAUUUGUUUGAGUUCCAAGAAAAUUAAUUUGCUGUAAUUUCUACAUUUAAUAUGUUUAUUUCCUUUAAAGCCACUGAAUAUUACUGGUUUUAUUCAUUUGUAUUACACUAAGAGUAUAAGUGGAUACCAGUGUAUUAGGUGGGUAUUGUCAGGAUCAAUGUAUUAACUCUUCUGCUCAGAAGACUGUACAGCAAGAUUAAACAUAAUUUAAAAAUG